AUGUUAAAAUAUUUAAUUAAAACCACCAAAACUCCUGAUGAUGAUACAGGCAAUGGUCUUGAUGAUGAUAUGGCCAAUGAUGAUAAUAAUGAUGACAUUGUAGUUCCCGUAGUUCGCAAUGCAAAAAAAGACCGAAGAGAAAAGCGGAGCGCUGAAGUCAAACGAAAGUACGAAAGUGAAAAACGGUGCCGAAAAUUCUCUGCUAACUGGAAGAAGUCUUUUCCAUGGGUAAAGCUGUCCGACGACAAAUCAAAAAUGUUUUGUGAUAUUUGUAUGCUAUAUCCAACAUUGUGCGACAAGGAUUCAAAGUUUGUAAAAGGUGGAUGUGGAAACUUGCACAUAAAAAGCCUACAGACUCAUGAUAAAAGUGCAGCCCACCAAAAAUGCGUUCGUCACAAUAAGGCCAAAAAUUCAACGCCCGGCUCAACCCCUGCAGAGACAAUGAUUCAAAAAAUGAAUGAAAAAGAGUUUGAAAAGAUGCAAGUCUUAUUUCGAAUUGCUCACUCGUUGGCAAAAAAAGGUCGUCCCUUUGAAGACUUUCCGUGGUCUUUGGACCUUCACGAAGCUGCGCACAAUAUAUCGCUAGGACAUACGUACAGAAAUAGCAAACAGUGCCACAACUUUAUAUCGUUUAUUGCUGAAGCUGAGCGAAUGAAAUUGGCAACAGACCUUGCCUGCGUUCCGUUCUAUAGUGUAAUGACUGAUGGAACAACAGACUCCUCCAUAUCUGAAGCUGAAAUUAUGUAUGUGAG